AUGGCCGAUGAUCAGUCAAAUCAGAGUCCGGCAGCAAGCGUCCAAUUUGAAACAUAUUCUCUCCAAGAUCCGCACUCCUCACCCAAUGGUUCCGUGACACGAUCAGUCCACACAGCUUCUGGAAGACUACGGAGGUAUCAAAUCAUGCAAAUACCCAAUGCCCUUGCUAUUUUCCUACACUGGCUGGCGCGUUUGUUGCAUGCCAGAAAAUCCUCAACACUUUCCCGUCUAUACUCGAGUUUCUCUAACAAAGUCUCGGGAUCCCAGUCCAGUCUUCACCGCUCCUCCCCGAAACCCCGUCCCAACACUCGUUUCGCCGGAUCCAUCCGGGCCUGGACUCCCCUAAGUCACCGUACUAUCGGUCCAAGACACAAGACGAAGACGACCCGAUACAGAUCCUGUACACAGAGAAAACGUGAAAGUCAAGCAGCUCUUCAAAGGCCAUUUAAUCUCAAGGCACAUAUGCCCAGCUGGUGCAACAAGUUGUCGUUCCUCCAUGUGAUUUUGCAAUGGUCAAGUGCGGGAUGCCACAUCUUUCAAGUGGCUGGUGCCUUCCUUCCUUCCUUCCCGGCCUGGGUGGAUCCACCUUCCCCCAGCUUCCCUUCCCAACCUGAGGCACCCUUGCGUCUAGCCUCGCCCGUCAACCUCGCGCAGCAACACGCAGCUCAGCUCUCUCCCACGACUAGACAACGUGCCUACGACACCCACUCCAUCACGACUCCUUUCGACGCCCAACGAACCCUCAAGUCCUCAAAACUACACAUCCGAAGCUUUCCCCGAAUACCCCAAGCUCUUCUAAUUCACAAUGGUAAGCUUUCCCUUGCUAGGUUCCCGGGGAAUCACCACCUCCAGCGACCGGGGGUUGGUACGAGCUACCAGAACCGACCAACCCAACCUUGGCUCUAUAUCUGCACAGGUUAUGACCUGAGCAACUCCAUCUUCUCCCCCGACGGUCGCAACUUCCAAGUCGAGUAUGCCGUCAAGGCCGUCGAGAACGGUGGCACAUCCAUCGGUAUCCGGUGCAAGGGUGGUGUCGUCCUCGCCGUCGAAAAGAUCAUUGCCUCCAAGUUAUGGAAGCCCAAUGCCAACAAGCGUAUUGCUACCAUUGACAGACAUCUCGGUGUUGUCUACUCAGGCAUGAUCCCCGAUGGCCGCCACUUCGUCGACCGCGCCCGUGAAGAAGCCCGCGGCUGGCGCGACACCUUCAAGACUCCCAUCUCCACCGCCGACCUCGCAGCCCGCAUGGGCGGCUACCUCCAAGCCUACACCCUCUACUCCUCAGUCCGUCCAUUCGGCAUUACCGCCAUUGUCGGUGGUUUCGACCCCUCUACCGAGACCCCCGUUGACGGCGAAGUUGGUUCUGGCCCCAAGGUCGGUGCUGGCGGCAAGGACACCACCAAGAAGCACGGUGGUCCCUUCCUCUACAUGAUCGAGCCUUCCGGUCUCUACUGGGGCUACUACGGUGCUGCUACUGGCAAGGGCCGUCAAGCCGCCAAGGCAGAGCUCGAGAAGCUCGACCUCGCUGAUGGCGGACUGACGUUGGAGGACGCCGUUAAGGAGGCUGCCCGCAUCAUCUACGUCGCCCACGACGACAACAAGGACAAGGAGUUUGAGCUCGAGAUGAGCUGGAUCAGUGAUAUUGACGGCCCCACCAAGGGCCGCCACGAAGAGGUGCCCAAGGAGCUGCGCGAGGAGGCGGAGCGGUUUGCCAAGAAGUCACUCGAGGGCGAUGACGACGAUGACGAGGACAAGAAGGAGGACGACAAGAAGGAGGAGUAG